AUGGGCGGUUGCGGGAGUAAAGAGGGCAAAGAAAUGGCGCAGAGGAGUCGAGAAAUCGAGAGGCAAUUGAACGCGGAUAAGAAAGCCAAAGCGAACAUGAUAAAGCUCUUGUUGUUAGGAGCUGGAGAAUGUGGAAAGUCGACAGUUCUCAAACAAAUGCAAAUCUUACAUAGCAACGGUUUCACAGAGGAUGAAAUCAAUGAGAAAAAAGCGAUCAUUUUUGGCAACACUGUUUCCUCAAUGUGCACGAUUUUGAAAGCAAUGGAUACGAUUUUGAAGCUGCAAAUCGAUCCGAUUAGAGAAGAUGACAAAUCGAUGGUCUACAAAGUGCAAGAGAUGGGUCAAGAAGCCGAGCCGAUCACACUAGAAUUGGCUCAAGCGUUGCAAAGACUAUGGGACGAUCCGGGAGUGAAAAAAGGCUACGAAAUGAGAGCCGAGUACCAAUUGACGGAUUCAGCAAAAUAUUUCCUUGACAAUGUGAUCCGAAUCUCCGAGGCUGGCUAUCGACCCAGCGAACAGGAUAUCCUUUUCUCGAGAGCCGCCACAACGGGAGUCGUUGAAGUCAAGUUCAAGAUCAAGGAUCUCGAUUUUCGAGUGUUCGACGUGGGUGGACAACGAUCGGAGAGAAGGAAAUGGAUUCAUUGCUUUGAUAAUGUUGAGGCGAUUAUCUUCAUUACUGCAAUUUCCGAGUACGAUCAAGUCUUGUUUGAGGAUGAGAAUACGAAUCGAAUGAUCGAAUCAAUGCAAUUGUUUAAUUCGAUUUGUAACUCGACAUGGUUUCUCAACACGGCGAUGAUCCUUUUCUUGAACAAAAAAGAUUUGUUCUCCGAGAAAAUCAAACGUGUUAAUAUUACGAGCGCUUUUCCGGACUAUGAAGGUGGUCAAAACUACGAGGAAGCUGUGAACUAUAUAAAGAUGAAAUUCGCUGAGUUGAACAUGAAUCCGGAUAAGAAAAAUAUCUAUAUGCAUGAGACGUGUGCCACGGAUACAAAUCAGGUUCAACUCGUGAUUUCGAGUGUCAUCGACACCAUCAUUCAGAAGAAUCUACAGAAAGCUGGAAUGAUG